AUGAAUGACAAAAAUAAUUGCUCACCUCAAAAAACUUUUAAUCAUCAACGACGAACAGUUAGUGUUGGUGAUGCGUCAGGUCAACUGGAUCUAGAUGAUGAAUGUCCAAGUUUUCAUGAGAAUCAAACUUCAAAAUACAUUCGUUCUAUAAGUCAAAUUAACGAGGAUGAUUAUAUUUGUACUACUUUACCAAGAACUGGCAAUACGCCGAUAGCAAAAACCUGCCGAAAACUAAUGACAUCAACAUUUUCUAAUUCAACAUCGAGAAGAUCAAUCUCGAUAUCAACAGAGACUAGUAAAGCGAGGCGUGCUCAUUCAGCAUUUGCUCCGUCGCCAAAAUCUAAUUUCGGACCAAAAGCUACACUCAAAAAAGUACAAGAUAAUGAUCAACUAAUCGUUAUUCAAGAUCCGUCUAGCCAACGCUUGCAUUGGAUUGCUCCACCAACUAAUAUUCUUAUUAUUCGUAAACCUGGUCCACAGACGAUGCCAGAGUUUCGGGAGUUACUUCUAAAGCUACUUAAGCGUCGUCUCAAUGUGUAUAUUGAAUUAUCUGAACAAAUGCAUUUACCAUUUGCAACGGAUCCCGAAUUAAAAGCACAUGGUGAACGCUGUCAUGCAUUCGAUCACGAAAAUGAUUUUUUCAAAAUUGACUUAAUCAUUUGUCUGGGCGGUGAUGGUACACUUCUGCAUGUGUCCAAUAUGUUUCAAAAAAGUUGUCCACCUGUUUUAUCAUUUUCAAUGGGUUCACUUGGGUUUUUAACUCCAUUUGAUUAUAAAAAUCAUGAAAAAAUUUUAAACGAAGUUGUAUCAGGCAAUGUUGCUGUUCUUUUACGUUCACGUUUGAGAUGUUCAAUUGUGAAAGGCCUAAAAAGACAAUCAUCAUCAGCUGCAUCGUUUCUUUCAGCUUCAUCAGAUGAAACAGGAAGCGAUGAAACCGGUAAGGAAUCAAGCAGCGGCGAAAAAAUAUCGCAUUUAGCAUUAAAUGAAGUUGUUAUCGAUCGUGGACCAAAUUCAUAUUUAUCGAAUCUUGACUUGUAUAUCAAUGAUAGAUUUAUUACGAAAGUGCAAGGUGAUGGUUUGAUUGUUUCAACCACAACUGGUUCUACAGCAUAUGCCAUGGCAGCUGGCUCUUCUAUGGUUCAUCCUAAUGUUCCUGCUAUCGUCAUAUGUCCUAUUUGCCCACAUUCUCUAUCAUUUCGACCAAUCGUUGUUCCAGCUGGUAUUGAAUUAAAAAUAACAGUCUCUGAAGAAACUCGUCUUACAGCAUGGCUGUCUGUAGAUGGAAGAAAUCGACACGAAUUACAACAACAAGACUAUGUACACAUAACAACAAGUGUUUAUCCGGUACCAUCUAUAUGUAGAUUCGACCAAUUAGGUGAUUGGUUUGAAUCGUUAGCUGAUAUACUUCAUUGGAAUUUACGUAAAGCACAAGGACGUAUCGAUAGUAAUCCAUCUGCUCAACGUGAUGCUCAAUUGCUUCGCGAUGAAAAGAAAGAUUCGUCACCUUCAGAAAACUCUUAA